AUGGCCGACACGGCCAGACACCAACUCGAUAACAUCCUCCGGCGCGAAUCCCUAAAAGGUGAAGCCUACAUUGGCGACCCCGGCAAGGCACCCCCACCGCGGCGCCUGAUAGAUAGCCUGCGUAUUGCAUCGACCAACAUCAAUAAAAACACGUAUGGUAAACUGGGAGAUGAACUGGCCACCUGGUUCCUUGCCACCGCGCUGGACUUUCUCAACAUCGCCGACUCCGACCUUCCCGCACACAAGGCCACACAACUCUGGACCCCCACACACAUUGGUUCCCUCACACCUCACCUCAUGGCCAUCAGAAAUUACGGAGUCAGCAUCAUGUAUGAUAUCCAACGCUGGCACUCCCGCAUCGAUGCUCGACGUACAGUCGCCAUGUGA